AUGCUCUGGAUUCCUCUGGGGUCCCUUAUCCAGGCCCGGCCCGCAAACCAGAAUUUCCAGUGUGACUGUGUUGGCAGAGAGUUAAUGAGCAACCGAGGAGGAUGUGGCUGUCGCUGCUGUAGACUUGCCCAAGAGGGCAGGACAAAAGAACGCCAGGUCCUUAGUCUCUCUGCUUGGAACGAGGCAGUGCCCUUUGACUGUAGCACACUAGAAAGACGCAACACACUGAUUUUUGGAUUUUCUUUCCGUGUGAAGCUGUAUGGAGACGCAGACUUGAGCUGGGAGCCUGGCAGCGUCCUCACCCCGGGAAGGCAGGCGCCCCCCUGCGGGCGGCCCGAGCCCUGGUCCCCCUUCCCCCGGGAGUUGCUCAAGACCCCGGGUGACUCCUCCCCGGGGACCCUCCCCUUCUGGGAGGCGUCACUCUCCUCACCCCUGGGUCCGGACCCCGGCGGCUUCUCGCGCGCGACCCAAGCGGGAGACAAGUCGCGGCCACCUGCUCCGGAGCUGGGGAGCCGGGCGCCGGGCGCCGUCCGCCCGCGCGUCGGUUCAUGUGCCCUGGGCCCCAUGGAGCUGCGGGUCAGCAACGCCAGCUGCGAGAACGGUUCCCUGCUCCACCUCUACUGCUCCUCCCAAGAAGUCCUGUGCCAGAUUGUCAGUGACCUCAGCCCUGAGGUGCCUAGCAAUGCCACCUUUCACAGCUGGCAGGAAAGGAUCAGGCAGAACUAUGGCUUCUACAUCGGCCUGGGCCUGGCCUUCCUGUCCAGCUUCCUCAUCGGCAGCAGCGUCAUCCUCAAGAAGAAAGGCCUCCUGCGACUCGUGGCCACGGGAGCCACUAGAGCUGUGGACGGAGGCUUCGGCUACCUGAAAGAUACAAUGUGGUGGGCUGGAUUUCUCACCAUGGCUGCUGGAGAAGUUGCCAACUUUGGAGCCUAUGCAUUUGCACCUGCAACAGUCGUCACGCCUCUGGGAGCACUGAGUGUCCUCAUAAGUGCCAUCCUCUCCUCAUAUUUCCUGGGAGAGAGUCUGAACCUGCUGGGGAAGCUGGGCUGCGUGAUCUGUGUGGCCGGCAGCACAGUGAUGGUGAUACAUGCCCCUGAGGAAGAGAAGGUCACCACCAUCAUGGAGAUGGCUUCCAAGAUGAAAGACACAGGGUUCAUCGUGUUUGCUGUGCUUCUGCUGGUGUCAUGCCUCAUCCUCAUCUUUGUCAUCGCCCCACGUUACGGGCAAAGGAAUAUCCUCAUCUACAUCAUCAUCUGCUCUGUGAUCGGGGCCUUCUCCGUGGCUGCUGUCAAGGGGCUGGGCAUCACCAUCAAGAACUUCUUCCAGGGGCUGCCAGUUGUCAGGCACCCACUCCCCUAUAUCCUGUCCCUCAUCCUGGCACUGUCCCUCAGCACUCAGGUCAACUUCCUCAACAGGGCACUGGACAUUUUCAACACCUCCUUAGUGUUCCCCAUCUACUACGUGUUCUUCACCACGAUGGUCGUUACCUCGUCCAUCAUCCUCUUCAAGGAGUGGUACAGCAUGUCUGCUGUGGACAUUGCAGGCACCCUCUCGGGCUUUGUCACCAUCAUCCUGGGCGUGUUCAUGCUGCAUGCUUUCAAAGAUCUGGACAUCAGCUGCUCCAGCUUGCCCCACAUGCACAAAAACCCACCCCCUUCUCCCGCUCCAGAACCCACUGUCAUUAGACUGGAAGACAAGAACGUCCUUGUGGACAAUAUAGAACUCGCCAGCACCUCAUCGCCAGAAGAGAAACCCAAAGUAUUUAUAAUCCAUUCUUGAAGCUUGGAAUAUGUGAGUGAGAGGAUGAGCCCAGUGGUACAGCCUGACCUCCCAAUUUCAAAACCACCUGGUUAUUUUCCAGUGCAACUGUUACCAAUGGGCUCUCUUUUCUUGAGAAGUUCAUUUAUACCUCAUCACUGUUUCCAGGAGAAACAUCUCUACCCAAAUAGCAAUGGUGGCAGAACUUCCUGGAAACAGACUCAGUGACCAAAUACCCAAGUUUACAUCAGUGCCUGCAGGUCCCCUGGACCUCCCUUCUCCUUCAUUCUUUCGGUGCCGUCUCUAUGCCAUUGGGAAGAAGGUGGAAUCUGACCCAUUGAAUGUAGCACAGUCCAAGGAGUUCACUGAGAUAUUGGUCAUUGGGAGUUCCUUUACACCAAUUCUCCUCCUGAGACGGAAUCUCCGUUGUUGUUGUUGUUGUUGUUGUUGUUGUUUAGCCCAAGGAUGACAUAGAGCUGGCUCCCAGAGGCCCAAAGGGCUAUUGGCCAUGCCUCCCUAUCUAGAGCUGACAGGGACACGACCAAUGUAAAAUAUCCUGUUGCUCCUGUCACUUCCUCUUUGGAGGCAGAAGCAAGACCUCAGCUGACCUUCUUACUGUGAAAGCCACUUGAUGUCUCAGGGAAAAAUGUCAACCAGCUCAUUCCCCGAGCACUCCAGCCUGGCAGUCAGCACCUCGGUAUCCACCCAGUCCAUCCCACCAUCACCCCUUCCCCCUCUACUUACAUCCUAAGGAGUCAGUCACUGAGACAUAAAGGCAGUAAUCGCAGAACUGGAAACAAAACAAUAAUAGAACCACAGCCAAACUCUGGUGGCCAAACCCAGUGUUUUCAUUUUGUCUUACUCUGAAAAAAGAACAGCAAAUUCACUGCUUCAAAGUGGCCUGGCUGCCAAGCUAGAAUUUGGCAGAAUGCACUUUUCUAUUCCUCAAGGAGUCAACCAACUUAUGAUCUGGGGAGGUGGGAAGAGGAUGAGGAGCAAAGUUGGGAUGUGGCAGAAGACAGUCCCAGGCUGUCUGGAUACUAGGGGCUAACUUUUUUGUUGACUCUGGUGCUCAUCCAGGAACUUAGAAGAAAAGAACUCAGGGGUAAUUUCUGGGCUGCAGCCUUAAAGGCUUGGACAGUGGGAUCAGCUGUGAAUCUCAAUGGCCAAGUGGAGGUGCAGACUUGGCAUGGGAUGCAUUCUAGCUGCUGACCAGAUUGCCACCGAGUCCCCCACUCCACUGAUGAGCUGUCACACUGGGAAGUAGCAUGCCCUGACUGUUCCAACACCACCUGCUAUGGGGAGUACCUUUGGUCCCUUCACAUUUGGCCAGAGGCAUACAAAAAACCAGAGCAGCUGGAGAGAGAGAUAAUUACUAUUCCUUCCCUUCCCAUCUCUUUUCUAGCUGCAAGAGUGCGGGGGUUGGAGAAGAACCAUUAGAAAGGGAAAUUAGUGGGCUGGUAUAUCUGGAAAGAGGGAAGACUUUGAUCCUCAGCCCCAAGGUUGAUGCAGGGCCUCCCCGAUGUGACUCUACCUGCACUCUAUGUUUCUAUCCUGUGCCCUAAGUGGGCCAAGCCCAGGUAAAUUCCUGCUGGCCUUGGAGCUCCAAGGUUUGGCUGACCAGCAGACUGGCUCCUGACUCUUCAGCCUCAAAUCCCCAGUUUUUGAUGAAUGUGGAUUUCCGUCUGUAAUUAAAAGCAAUGCAACAACUUGGAUCUUGAGAAUGGCAGUAAACUGAGGGCCCUUAGAGUGUGGUCUGCAGGAUCAAGAAUAAAGAUUUCAGAUUAUAUUUAUUUGA